AUGUCUUCGGUAACAGUGGUGCCUGCCACAGGCGCAGCCAAUAAUCAUGGCUAUUCUCGUCAGGCUGUUCCCGUCAAAUUCCUGCCUCCUCAGGAUAAAAGCGACUUUUCUCCCUCGUUACCUUUUAAAGUCGACUACUUCAUCUACAACAACACCGAGUAUGUGCUCGUGAAACUGCUUGCUAAGCUCUGGAACUAUCCCAGCUCGUACCAGGUGAUCGCCAAGAUUAUCAGAAAGACAGGAGUACCUAAAUCUGAUUUUUUACACAAGUCAGAUGAAGACCUCAAUGGACUGCUUCUUAUAGAAGACCUUAUUUCGUCACAAGAGGCCAAUAGCCAUUUGUUUUAUAUCUCCCUUCGCUUCUUGUAUUCUGUCAUUGAGAACACGAGUACUUUGGUGGGUACUGAUGAAGUGGUGGAGAAUACAGCUGUCCGUCAAAGACCUGUGAUUCCUCCAACUGAUGACGAUACUAUCACUGUUUCUCAGGUGUUCCCACAGUAUGGCCAUGAGGAUAAUACUAUAUCCAAGGAUCACGGAACGUUUCUUACCCUUACUCCCCUCACGAAGUUGCAGGUCUACAAACAUGAAGGGAACUACAGAAGGGUCUAUGGAACAUCGCUCAGUGCCUACGAACGUGAACUUAUAGUCAGAGAGAACAACUAUGCAGCGUUCCAUCCCCACGCAGCUCACCAGAUCGAUGCUGCUGAACAAUUGGCUGCUUCCAAGAAACCUCUAGGUAGAAGCAGGCGUCACAUAAGCAGUGUUGACCCAAAUACGCUUGAUGUCUCUGAGAGUGUCCUUCCGGGUAAUGGUGCUAUUCCAGAGUUCCUGGUGGGUCCUCUUUGCAAAGUCCCAAAUUACUUCGUCGGUAAUGGUCUGAUGAAUUCCCAACAAACUGCCCAAAUUAAUGCUCCAAGGCGGCAUCUUGGUGAUUUACAGCUCAAGUUUUCAGAUCACAACAAAGGACCUAAGCAAUUGCAGCAGCUGUUCAUGAACAAUGAUCAGGAAGCUCUCAAUUCCAAAUACUACUACUAUAAGAUAUACAGAGGUCCCGGAUCUGGUAACUAUAAAGAUGCUGCGUUGGUGAACAGAAUUAAUAAGAUCCGCAUGUUCAACAAGGAGUCUGCGCCUUCUUCUAAUGCCAUCACUCAUCUCCCACCUCAAAAGGUGCUGAAGCCUUUGAAGAAAAGAUAUAAUCGCCCAGUCAAGGGACUUAUCCAUGAUUUCUAUUCGCCCGAUAAUAUUGACGUUGUUGUGAACCGCCAAAGGGAAUUCACAGAGGACUUCAAUAACUUAGAAAUGCUUCACAGCACGGUAUUGUUCAACGUCCUUGCAAACUCCUACAGAGAAGUUUCAACGCUGACGUGGAAGAACUUCUACGAUUUCCGCAUGAUUGACUUUGAGAAACUAUAUCUGAUUGAUAUGAACGAGAAGAGAAGAAAGCGGAAGGAGGAAUUGUUCAGUGAGUAUGAGGCGUCUCGUGCCGAAGCCGAAUCUAACGGCUUACCUCCACCACAACCAACAAGGGAACUCACCGAAUUGAUGAAGCCGGACUUGACCGAGAGAUUCACCUUACCAACCGACCACGCAGAGAUCAUGAAGAAGUUGCCUCUCGAGCUUCGUGGACUGGAAGACGAUCCAGUGUCCCAAAUCAGCAAACCCAUCAGGUAUGUUGCCACCUACCCAGACAAGCAAUUGCCCGAAGUGCUCAACCAGAUCGAAGUUGUCAAGCUUCCCAACGCCAACUCUUUGGCUUGGGAUAACAUCAAAAAGUAUCGUGAAGCCUAG